AUGGCGUACAUGGUUGAGUUGGCGGCUUCUCUUCCGAUGCGGAGCCCUAUUCGAUCUGGCGCACUUAUUCGAUACGAACGGGGAUGGCUGUUGAGGACGAAAACAUCAAGUCCAACGGCGGCAAGUUUCGAGACAGAGCCCAGUUCAAUGCUCCAAUCGACACGAGAACUCACCGCCGCCUUUGCCCACCGUCACCACAAGCCCCGGGAUCAGUGGAGGUCGAGACCCUUCCCCUCGUCCCGUCCGCUCGACAAUCGUGGGGGAAUGGAUGGGGAGCGCAUUGGCCCGCCCGCAAGAAUGGUACAAGCUGCGCCACAGGAUAGCCAAAAGGAAAUUCGCGCACCAAAGAGAAGUGGAGGUCUGCGUCGAAUGGCCAGCGAAUCACCCGAUCGAGGCCCUGUGAAAUGCUGUGAAUUGGCUUUGCAGCAAAGUCUAAUGCGGACAGCCCGCCCGUUGCACGAUGCACUUGCAUACCAAAUUACCACUAGGACUCUGAGAUUACAACCAAGGAAGCAGGGUAGCUCAAUGCCUUCAUAUAACCCCCAACCACGCGGCCGCACCAGGCGCACCUCGCAGAGUCGUGAGAGCACACAAGACCCCGCCAUACCGCUCGCAACCAUGUCACAUUCACGCCCCUCACACGACUACCCACCAGGCAGGACCUCGCUUGCUCAGAAUCGAUUGUUGGCCGAAUACAGAACUGAAAAGGCCAGACCCCACACCGGUCCACACGCCGACGACCUCACCCGGCGAGAGCGACGCCGUGAUGUGCUACCGCAGUUCAACCACAAUGGGCACGCCGUGACAAAGUACAUUCACCCAGAGGGUGAGAGUGGUCGAUCUGGCUUCAACCCCUUGAAAUUCCUCGCCAUCACUGGACGGAGUAGCAGCACGCCCUCUAUGCUGUGUAAUUUGCUGUGGCCUGUCGUUCCUGUUGCUAUGGGCCUGCACUUUGCCCGUCCAGAAUGGCAUCUCGCCGUCUUCGUCACCAACUACGUCGCCAUGCUUCCCGCUGCCAACUUGCUAGGUUUUGCCGGCCAGGAGCUGUCUCGCAAGAUCAUGCACAAGGGCAUUGCCGUUGUUCUUGAGACCACGCUUGGAUCCGUUGUUGAAAUCAUCUUGUUCAUGACCUUGCUCAAGACAUCUGUCGAUGACUCCAACGUCAUGGUCAUCAAGGCCGCCAUCUUGGGUUCCAUCCUUGCCAACAUGUUGCUCUGCUUGGGUUGCUGCUUCGUAGCCGGUGGCCUCAAGCACGAUGUACAAGAGUUUCACUCUGCCAUCUCCGAGAAUAGCAGCGGGUUGAUGCUCGUCGCUUCCAUGGCCCUACUCCUCCCAGCCGUCUUCUACAAGUACCUCUAUAACAACCCCGACUACGAUCAAGCCACGGAUAUCGCUCACAACACACUUCUCAUCUCCCGUGGCGUCGCCAUCAUGUGUGUUGUCGGAUACCUCGUUUACAUUGUCUACCAAACCGUCUCGCACGACGGCCUAUUCCACGAAAUCUACGAGGCAGACGACUUGAAGGAUAAAGAUCGCCACGAAGAACUCGCAAAGCCCAAGCUCACUCUCAUCGAAGUCAUUGUUGCGCUCGUCAUCGCUCUCGCAUGCGUCUCGCUCAUUGCCGUCUUCCUCGUUCUCCAAAUUCCGUGGAUUGUGGAGAAGCAUGGUGUGAGCGAUGCCUUUGUCGGUCUCAUCCUUGUGCCUCUGGUCGAAAAGAUUGCCGAGCAUAUACUGGCCAUUGAUGAGGCGUACGACAACCAGAUCAACAUGGCGCUUGCGCAUGUACUUGGAGCAUCGAUUCAAACUGCCAUGUUCAACGCGCCACUUGUUGUCCUGGUCGGCUGGGGUAUUGGCGUGCACAUGGACUACAACUUCGCCAUGUUUGAAGCCGUUGCGCUGGUUCUUGCCGUCAUUGCCGUUGGCUCCUUCUUGAGGGACAAAAAGUCAAACUACCUCGAGGGUGUGCUGUGUAUUCUGGUCUACAUCAUCAUUGCCAUCUGCGCCUUCUAUUUCCCGAAUCCAGCGGGCCAUGGGGCAUCUCAUGGCGCAAAAAGUACGAGUGCUGCAGGCGGCGAAGGUGGGGAAGGUGGCGGUCACUAG